GACUCUGCAGACAGUUGGUGACUUGGAACACCUGAAUCCAAUGGCACUGCUAUGCUAUUCUGAAGGCCAAAGUUUGGAGGGCUUUGGCUGACUGUGGUGACAGUUGGAAACAGUUGCUUCCAUUUUGUUAUAAUUGCACUAACAGUUGCCCAUUAAAAAUUUAGUAGCAAGGAAAUUUCACAGAUGGAUUUAUUGCACAGGUGGCAACCUAUCAUGGUACAACGCUUAAAUUCACUGACCUUCCGAGAGCGACCCAUUCUUUCAAAAAUGUUUGUAGAAGCUGUCUGCAUGCCUAGGUGCUUGAUUUUA